AUGGCGGCGGCGGCGCUGCGGGGCGGCUGGUGCCGCUGUUCACGGAGAUGCCUUGGCAAUGGAGUCCAGUUUCUUUCUAGCCACAACCUACCCCAUGGUUCAGCCUACCAGAUACGCUGGCCAGGUAGAGAGCUGCCAUUGGUGUCCAAAUCAUAUUCUUCUGGGAACAGAAAAGGUUUUUUGUCUGGCUUAGUAGAUAACAUCAAACAAGAAUUAGCCAAAAACAAAGAGAUGAAAGAAAGUAUAAAAAAAUUCCGAGAUGAGGCAAAGAAGCUGGAAGAGUCAGAUGCACUCCAGGAAGCAAGAAGGAAAUAUAAAACCAUUGAGUCGGAGACAAUGCGUACCAGCGAGGCGAUAAGGAAGAAGCUGGGGGAGCUGACAGGGACAGUGAAGGAGAGUCUUGACGAAGUCAGUAAGAGUGACCUUGGCCGGAAGAUCAAGGAAGGGGUGGAAGAGGCUGCCAAGACAGCCAAGCAGUCGGCUGAGUCGGUGUCCAAGGGUGGGGAGAAGCUGGGCAGGACUGCAGCUUUCAAAGCCAUCUCGCAGGGAGUGGAGUCUGUGAAGAAGGAGAUUGAUGAGAGUGUGCUGGGACAGACGGGGCCCUACCGCAGGCCUGAGCGGCUCAGGAAAAGGACGGAAUUUGCGGGAGAGAAGUUCAAGGAGGAGAAAGUGUUCGAGCCCAAUGAGGAGGCUCUGGGGGUCGUGCUGCACAAGGACUCCAAAUGGUACCAGCAGUGGAAGGACUUCAAAGACAACAACGUGGUAUUCAACCGGUUCUUUGAGAUGAAGAUGAAGUAUGAUGAGAGUGACAAUGCACUAAUCCGGGCAUCCCGGGCCCUGACGGACAAAGUCACUGACCUGCUGGGGGGCCUUUUCUCAAAGACAGAAAUGUCAGAGGUGCUCACUGAGAUCUUGCGGGUGGACCCAGCCUUCGACAAGGACCGGUUUCUGCAGCAGUGUGAGAACGACAUCAUCCCCAACAUCCUAGAGGCCAUGAUUUCUGGAGAGCUUGACAUUCUCAAAGACUGGUGCUAUGAAGCUACCUACAGCCAGCUGGCCCACCCCAUCCAGCAGGCCAAGGCCCUGGGCCUCCAGUUCCACUCCCGUAUCCUGGACAUCGACAGCGUGGAUCUGGCCAUGGGCAAGAUGAUGGAGCAGGGCCCGGUGCUGAUCAUCACCUUCCAGGCCCAGCUGGUGAUGGUGAUCAGAAACCCCAAGGGCGAGGUGGUCGAGGGUGACCCGGACAAGGUGCUGCGCAUGCUGUACGUGUGGGCGCUCUGUCGAGACCAGGAUGAGCUCAACCCCUAUGCAGCCUGGCGUCUGCUGGACAUCUCAGCCUCCAGCACAGAGCAGAUCCUGUGAAUGCCCAGCUGCAAAUGGAGCUCCAGGGCUGGAUAGUGUGGCAGGCACAGGCACACUACUCAGGGCUCUGCCCCCAGCUCUACCAUGGCAGCUGCAAAAUCAGCUGGACAAGGAAGGGGCCACAGGCUGUGGAGGGUGCCUCGUGGGGAUUGACACUCCCCAUGGUGCCACACGGGCGCUCCUGAUGGCUGGUCAGCACGGGCACACCAGUCAUGCAGUGCCAAGAGGCCCCCAGCCCAGGGACUCCCCUGGAGGGCAGGGUGGUGGGGGCCUGCCCACUACUUCAAAUGGCCCACUGGCCACGCCAGCCAGGCCAUUUUAGGUCUGUUUUUAAUUAUAUCAGUGCUCUUACUUACUGUAUAUAAGCCUGAGAUUUGGAAAUAAAACACCAAA